AUGCAACCCACGUUAGUAGUUGCUUUGCUUUCGUUUAUUGCGACAUUUGCUUGCGGGUUCAUUUUCCCAGACUUCAACCUUAUCUUGGAAGGUGUCAACCGAUUCUUGCCAGCAAAGUUACUUCAAAGUGUGCCAGCAGAGCCCACUUUUGAGGAGUACAAAGCUAACUUGAUCAAUUUAAACAAACUAGUUCCUCAUCAUUACGUUGUUCUUUUCAAGGAGGACUUGUCACAAAGUCAAGUAGAGCAAUAUUCGCAAUGGUUACAAUUGGAGUACAGCAACAUGUUGAGCAUUGUUGACCGUGCUCCAAGGGAGGUGCAAAUGUUGAAGAAGCUUGAAUUUUUUAACAUUGAGGGAGUGUUUAGCGGCUUCGCGGGGUUCUUUACAACAGAUGUUAUUGAAAAGAUCAAAAAGGAUCCCCAUGUGAAGCUAGUUGAACAGGAUGCCAUUUUCAAGAUCAACGAGUUUGAUAUUCAAAAAGAUGCCCCAUGGGGUAUCUCCAGGGUCAGUCAUCGCGAAGGUGGGGAGGAGAGGAAGUACUUUUACGACAAUGACGGUGGUAAGGGUGUCACUGCUUAUGUGAUUGAUACGGGUAUUAAAGUGGAGCACGAAGAGUUUGAAGGUCGUGCUCAAUGGGGUGAUGCCAUUGCUUUUCCAAAGGUUAGGAUUGAUGGACAUGGACAUGGAACUCAUUGUGCUGGUAUUAUCGGGGCAAAGACUUACGGAAUCGCCAAAAAAGUUGAUUUGGUCGCUGUUGGGGUGAUGAAUUUGUUAGGAUCAGGUACAACAUCUGACAUCAUCAAGGGUGUUGAGUAUGUCGUGCAAAGUCAUCAAGACGCUGUUAAGAAGGGUAAAAAGGGCUUCAAGGGUUCAGUGGUGAACAUGUCCAUCGGUGGUGGAAUUUCCGAGGCCUUAGAUUUGGCCGUCAAUGCCGCUAUCAAAGCUGGGUUGCAUGUUGCUGUUGCUGCCGGAAACGAUGAUGCAGAUGCUUGUCAGUAUUCGCCUGCUAGAGCAGUUGGUCCAAUCACUGUUGGUGCGUCAAAUAUAGGUGAUGCAAAAGCCUCGUUUUCAAACUGGGGUCUGUGUGUUGACGUGUUUGCGCCAGGAGAAGCGAUUGAGAGUACUUUCAUUUGGUCUGAUUCGGCUGAAAUGUCAGGAACCUCUAUGGCCAGUCCUCAUAUCGCUGGAUUGUUGAGUUACUUUUUGUCGUUGCAACCAGAACAAAGCUCAGAGUAUUUCACCGGAUUGAUUGAGCCAGCCGAUUUAAAGAGAAAAUUGAUUAAAUACGGUACAAAGGGGGUUUUGACAGGGUUGGACUCCACAACCCCAAAUAUUUUGGCAUACAAUGGAGCAGGUGGCAAUUUGACAGAUUUCUGGAGUAUUUAG